GUGUCUUACAGGUGUACACUUGCUGGCUCAUUUCCACAUUCUAAAACAAUGCCACACGCGUUACGCAAUCCUCACACACACGGGGAAAACCCCGCUGACAGGCAGAACAGACUACAUAAGGAUCGCAGAUCAGCACUCAGAUCAGCACGCAGCAACAAGCAGAAACCAAAGUCCGACCACGAUAAACUAUGGCGAGCGGCAAAGUCGGUCUCCUCGCGCUCCUGUGCUCCCUCGUCAUCCUCGGCACCUUCAUCGACAGCACGCAUUCAGCCAGCUGCUGCAUGAUGUACGCAUCACGCCGCUGGAAGUGCCAGCCCCUGAUGGGCUACACCAUCCAGACCAUCGUCCGCUCCUGCGACAUCAACGCCGUGAUAUUCCACCUUCCAGGGAGGUUCGUGUGCGCGGAUCCAUCAUCCAAGUGGACCCAGAGAGCCAUGCAAUGCCUCAAUGAGAGGAAGACGAAGAGGAGUCAGAUCCCUCCGCGGCAGAACCUAAGGUCAGGACCUGCCCCACAGAGCACAUGAUACCUGCAGCACGUCGAUCCACUUCUCAUGCACCGGACUCUGAUUGGAUGCUAUAAAAUGAUUAUCCAACUCAUUUUAGUUGUUCUGUUUUAUAAACAGGAGUAUUGUACUUAGCUAUAAAUAGAUUUUUGUUAAAUAUUUAUAGGUUAUUGUUGCUUUUCGCUGAACUCUGAUAUUUUGUCCUCAGAGAAAUGAAGCAUUCAAGUGGGA